CAUUAUCGUAUGAUUGUAUUUUAUUCUCACCACUACAUCACGACUGUAAUCUUUCAUUGUUCCAUUUAUGUUAUUAUCAUUAUUGUAUAUUUACUAGUUCAUCAUCAUUGUAUAUUUACCAGUUCAUCAUCAUUGUAUAUUACCAUUCAUCAUUAUUGUAUAUUUACCAGUUCAUUAUCACUGUAUUUUCUACCAUUUCAUCAUCACAUUAUAUUUAUAAAUUCAUCUCCUCUCCACUCUAUAUUGUUUUCAGUGCAUCAGCAUUGUAUAUUUACCAGUUCAUCAUUAUUGUAUAUUUACCAGUUCAUCAUCAUUGUAUAUUUAACAGUUCAUCAGCAUUGUAUAUUUACCAGUUCAUCACUAUUGUAUAUUUACCAGUUCAUCAUCAUUGUAUAUUUAACAGUUCAUCAGCAUUGUAUAUUUACCAGUUCAUCACUAUUGUAUAUUUACCAGUUCAUCAUCAUUGUAUAUUUAACAGUUCAUCAGCAUUGUAUAUUUACCAGUUCAUCACUAUUGUAUAUUUACCAGUUCAUUAUCACUGUAUUUUCUACCAGUUCAUCAUCACAUUAUAUUUAUGAAUUCAUCUCCUCUCCACUCUAUAUUGUUAUCAGUGCAUCAGCAUUGUAUAUUUACCAGUUCAUCAUCAUUGUAUAUUUACCAGUUCAUUAUUACUGUAUUUCAUGUCAGUUAAUCGUCACGUUAUAUUUGUAA